ACUUUAAGAAUAUAAAAAAGAGCAGACACCGAGAGAAGACCCAAAUCGGCAUUGCGAUCGCCGGAGGAUUGGUUCCGGUGGCCGAGAGAAUUGAAAGGGGACAAUUGAUUCGGAUAGUAAUUGGAUAAGGGAAUGAAAUGGAUUCAGAAGAAGAAGAAGAAAUAGAAAUGGAAGAGAAUAGGGAUUUUAACACUAAUAAAAUGGGGAUUAUGAUGAUGAUUAAGUAUGUGAUAGUGUUUGUGUUGAGAUUGAGUUUGGCAUUUUUAAUCCCAAUAAUGGCACUCUUUUGUAUAUCAAUUGUAACAGUAAUUUUAGGUAUAUUGGCUGCUAACUUCUUCUCCUUCUCCUUCACCUCUCCCAUUCUUUUUCCUACUCACUGCACCAUUCUCUCUGCAAGUGUGGAUUUGAGAUCAUCCAAGGUCUGUGAACUUGGACUCUUGAAUUACAACGACAAUCAUGUCUUUUAUCCUUUUGACUCCAGUAAAUUUCGCUGUCGUUUUGAUUACUAUUGGGCUUCAGUUUUUCAGGUGGAAUACAAAGAUCAAUCUUUGGGCCAGAGACGGCUUGCACUUGCAGAGGCUCCAAAUGAAGCCCUUCCUCAAGAUUGCAGGCCUAAUUUUGCUGCUGCAUGGUUGACCAAAGAUUUGUUCAAGGUCAAUAAUACUUAUGACUGCUGGUAUUCAGUUGGCUUUUCGAAAGUGAGCCUGUAUCGUGAUGGCUUCUUCCCUUGUCAAGCGAAAGAUCCAUCUGCUUCUGAGAUGCUUAGGCGUUAUGUUUUUCUGUCCAUCAAGACUUUACGCUCAUUAUUUGUACAAAAGAAGGGCAAUGCAAAUUAUUGGAGGUGGGAAACAGUAGCUGGAAUUGUUACUGGUUUUUCAACAUCCUUGAUCUCCAUCAGCUUUAUAAGUAUCAUACAUCAUAUGAAGUCACGGUUGUCCCAAACCUAUGCUGCACGGAUGUUCGGUCGAACCAUUAAAAUGGUCUUCUUUAAGCGCAUUUGUUUUCUUGUGGCUUACUUGUCAAUUGCGGGUUGGUUAGCACUCCAGUAUGGGAAAAGGCUUGGUUUAUCGGAGAUUUACAAAAGAUACACCUACUAGGUUGGGGGAUUGCAAGUAUGAUUUGGAUUUCUAACUUGCACUGCUGCUGGAUGAUGUAAAAUAUAGAGAUAAUUAGUAUCAACCCCUUGAAGUCAGGUCAAAAUUGCUGUUUUUUCCUUAUAUUUUUAAAAAUUACUGUUUCCUCUCUAACAUUUAGCAAGUUAGGUAUUUGAUACACAUGAAUUAAAAUGUCAGUGAGGGAACAAUGAGUUUUCAAAAUUUAGAGACAGGCAGUAAUUUUAAUCUAACUUUAGGGGGUUAAUAGUGUUUAUUCAUUAAAUGUAUACAUAUGUGGUGGAAGGCUAUAGGUAACACCAUUUUUUGAUAUGAAAGUUGCAGGUUAAAUUGCCUGGGAGAUACCUUAUUUUCA